AUGGCAGAAGCUAACAAGAGUUCAAAAGGUAAUAACUCUAAAUCGGAGAUUGAGGAGACUAAGAGAAACAUCCAUGAACCUAUAGCUCCCGACGGUGGCUGGGGUUGGGUGGUUUUAAUCUCCUCCUUCGUACACAGCGGUAUUGUUGAUGGAAUAUGUUUGACAUUUGGAGUAUUUAUGCCGGAUUUCCUUGCUUAUUUUGGAGGCAGCAACGCAAAGACACAGCUAUUAAGUUCCAUCAUCAACGGCACAUAUUUAUCACUUGGUUUGGUGUCGGGAGCCUUGAUGGACAGACUAGGCUGUCGGAGAGUGGUUAUUGUCGGGGGCAUUGUCUCCAGUAUCGGAUUGUUCCUGUCUACAUUCUCACCAAGCCUUGACGUCAUGAUCCUGUUGUACGGUGUCGGCACAGGAGUGGGAUUCGGACUCCUGUACACGCCCUCUGUCGUCGUUGUGGGUCACUAUUUCAUUAAACGCCGCGCACUGGCUACUGGGAUUGCCGUAUGUGGAUCCGGGGUUGGAGGGUUCGUGUUUGCGCCUCUAUCGGUUUUUCUCAUAGAUAGGUACGGCUGGAAAGGGGCAUUAUGGAUUUUAUCAGCUAUUUCUCUAAAUAGCGUGAUAUUUGGAGCUUUUUAUCGCCCCUUGCUGCCAUCAAAAGUUACACCAAUCUCAUCGCAAAUAAAACCCGAAACAACAGAAACAGAUUCAAACUCGAACACCAGGGAGGUCGACAAGAACUCAAUAUGGAAGACAUUCUGCAUUUUCUUCAGAACUACAAUCAAUCUGUCACUUUUGACUAGCCCGACCUUUGUUUUAUAUGGUUGCUCUGGAUUUCUGUUGGCUAUCGGAUUUUACAUUCCGUUCAAUUUCCUGCCAGUUUUUGCCACUGAUAUUCACCUGUCAGCCGACGAAGGAGCAAUUUUACUAUCUGUCAUCGGGAUAUUUAAUACCCUAUCAAGAGUUUUGGUUGGUCUGGUUUCCGACCAACCCUGGGCUGAUUGUGUCCUCAUCAACAGUACAGCACUAUUGGUUGGAGGACUGGCUACUUGCUUUUUACCUCUGUACAACACCUACAGCGCCCUCCUCUCAUACUCUGCUGUGUUUGGAACAGCUGUGGGAUCGUUUGUUGCAUUGAAGUCGAUAAUUCUGGUAGAAUUGAAGGGUGUUGACUGGCUGUCUAAAUCACUUGGACUGCUGAAUGUUGUCAUAAGUAUACCAGUCUUUAUUGGAUCACCAAUAGCAGGAGCCUUGUCGGAUCUCACUGAGAAUUAUAACAGUGCCUUUUAUUUUGCUGGCGGAACAAUAGGACUUGCAGGUUUGUUAUGCUUUCCACUUCGUCGUAUUGCGAGAUGGGAACGGAACCGGAACACAGAUUCAAAUGACUCCAAAGCCGCCGAUGUCACUGUUACUAUGACAACUGGAAGGGUAGUAGAACAUUGCAGUAGCAAUACAUUAUGUUCGAAUCACAUGGAAGCUGAAAAACAUAUCAACCACGCUUAUAAUGAAGCAUAGGUUGUCUGUUUGGCCCUAAGAAAAACAAUCAACGAAAGAUGGCACGAUUUACUUUGAAUCAAAGUGACGCAAUUAACCCUUGAUAAAGAUUUUAAAAUCCUAUAGAAAUGUGAGCCGUAUGUUUCUUUUCAAAAUCGAAUAUAAUG